AUGAGGACUUUAGAGGGGCUGGUGGUGCUCCUGUUACGUCUCCUUAUUGUGUUAACGGUGAAGCACAGCGUUGCCCGGACUCACUCUCUGAGAUAUUUUCGCCUGGGCGUUUCAGAUCCUGGCCAUGGGAUCCCUGAAUUUAUUUCCGUGGGGUAUGUGGACUCUCCUCCCAUCACCACAUACGACAGCGUCUCUCAGCUGAAGGAGCCCCGGGCCCUGUGGAUGGCAGAGCACCACCCCGACCGCUGGGAGAGGUACCCUCAGCUGCUGCGGGGCUGGCAGCACACGUUGCAGCUGCAGAGGCACGACAAUCACUCAGGGUUUCACACUUAUCAGAGGGUGAUUGGCUGUGAGUUGCUGAAGGAUGGAAACAGCAGGGGAUUUCUGCAAUGUGCAAAUGACAGACAGGAUUUCGUUAUCUUCAAUAAAGAUGCACUCUCCUGGACGGCUGUAGACAACGUGGCGCACAUCACCAAGAGGGCGCGAACAGCCAGUCGGCAUGAGUUACAGUGUCAGAAGAAAUGGCUGGAAAACGAGUGCAUCGCGUGGUUGAAGAGAUUCCUGGAGUGCGGGAAAGAUACCCUACAAAGGACAGAGCCCCCACUGGUCAGAGUAAGUCGCAAAGAGACUUUUCCAGGGAUUACAACUCUUUUCUGCACAGCUUAUGGCUUUUGUCCUCCCGAAAUUUCCAUGAUCUGCAUGAGAAACGGUGAAGCAGUCCUCCAAGAAAUGGAUUAUGGAGACAUUCUUCCCAGUGGGGACGGGACCUAUCAGACAUGGGUAUCAGAGUCAGGAGCUGUCCCUCUGCUGAUGAAAGCUGUUCUUGGGUCCAUUGUCCUUGUGAUUGCCCUGGAUGGAGUGGGCAUCCGAGCCUGGAGAAGAAGGCCCCAAGAGCAAAAAGGAGUCAUCUACCUUCCUACCCCAGAUCAAUGAUUGGAGAUAGCUCUUGUCCAGUUGUCAUUCCUCUGGCUGGGAACCGUGGUCUCCUCUGGCCCCUGUGGACUCCAGUUCAGGGCUCAAAGUUGUGCCACACCCACAACAGACCUGGAUGUUACAGGAUUGAGCAUUUAUGGCAAAAUGCACAAAGUUUUCUUUGUUCUCUGGUUUCAAAAAGACUGUUGGCUGUCAAGCUCCUUUGAUGGACCCCUGUACCACAUUUGGCUCUGAGUAUAGCUUGUCUCAUGACAUAACUACCCUCCGUCCCAUCGUCAACGAUGACUUACAAAUAAAUAGAUAACCUCCGAGCUGGAAGGAAGCUUCCAAUCGAGUGCAGGAAAUGUCUUCUCCAGCGCCUUUGACUUGAGCACCCAGCCACCACUUGAGUUCUACCUGUGAAGGACACCUCACUACAUCAUAAAAUGGCCUUUUGCAUCUUUCAUGAGAAUGUUUAUUAUGCAAGAGCUUUGACGAUCGUAGGAGCCAUAACGGUGACCCUACAAACAGGGUUGGACCACCCAUGAGAGUUACCAUCAAGUUUCUACAAUGGCCUGUGAAUGGCCAGAUUAUUUUACAUAUUUUCUGGCCUGAGAGAAAACCUGAGUGCCCUCUUCUAAGGGCAUCUCUGCCUGUAGCUUGGAAUCUUGGAAAUAUGCCUGGGUGGAUCUGUGGAAGUGAUCUCAUUCUUUCUGUCUUUUGUGGGAAAGUAAGAACAAUAAGUACCAGGCAUAUUAUCACCUCCAGUGGAACUAGAGAAAUCUAGACCCAAGUGCAAUCUUUUAAUAUAAAAAUGGUAGUAUGUUUAUGGCUCAGAAGAGGGUUCAAUUCUAAUUUCUGUUCUUCCUCUACUGCUCAUUGUAGAUGGGUCCUUCUACCUAUGCUUAUGCUCUGCACGUUUGCACUAGGAGUAAAUAAAAGCCCCACUGUGAGAGUUAACACCCCCUCGAUCCUCCUCACUCUCCUCCCCCUAAAAUUUUUGCUGUCAUUUACCUCUUGUUUGCCUGCCAUUUUUGAUUCUCUAUAAGAAGGUCGCAUCGUGCCAGAGGGCGCGUGCUGUCUUCCCUAAGUUAAAUAUGAGUUUAGACCCAGGACCUUAGACUCUCCUGGACAUAAAAUUUCUGGAAACACUCAGACCGAGGGGAGUCCAUGUUGUGAUUCCAGGGCAACUCAACAAGGCUUUCACUGUGGUCUCCUUCCCCAACAAGUUUCCUUUUUGCUUCCCCACAGUUGGCUUGGCUGAGUUAAACGAACACCAAAUAUGGCCACUUCCAGGAAUGACUUACCACAUAGCAAGAAACACCAUAUAUGGCAUUAAAUGUACCUUUGUUGUAAAUCUUGUUUGAUUACAAUAAUCUCUGUCCAUGUAUUCUAUUUCUGGCUUGUGAACCAACUGAGGACACGAGCAGGGCCACAGCUCACCAAGAUGGGACAUUUGUGCAAAUUAGAAAAUUGUUCCCUUCUUCUAGGGGGCCGCUGACUUAGGUCAGGUCACAUGACUUAGCCAGCAAGUAGAUUGCUGCCCCGUUUGCCCCCUCGGUGUGCAGGGCACAACGUUACAUGGUAGGUCUGGUCAUACCAUUAGAACAUAGAUGGAAAUUGGCUAUAGACUAAGAUGAAUGAAUUGAUUUGGAAGGGUGGGGUGAUAGUGGGGAAAAAAACAGGACAGCUCAUUCAAAACGAUAGAACUAGAAGCCCUGUUUGUAUAUCCAAACAGCUAAAAUUAUCUGAAAGGUUUUACAUAAUCCUAUCAUGGAGUUUAUUUAUGGCGAUCUAUUUUUAAAUUUUUAUGUCAUAUUACACAGUCUGUUUGCACAAUGCCUUGUAUGUAGUAGGAACCCGGUAAAUACUUCUUGAAUGAACCAGUACAGUAUUUUAAUUAGCUACUCCUCAUGUACUGGUGAAAAGAACAGUGUCAUCUUACAGCUGAAAUCAUAGAGGGGAAAUAUCCCAUUCAGGAUCAUAUGACAUUCCAGGGGCCCAGGAUGAACACCCCAAGGACUUGUCUGAAUUUUUCAAAGGUUUCUGUAGCAUUAACAUUCUUUAUUUAAUACUUUAUCUUGUCAUUGCCGUGUUUGUGAAAUUAGGGAUCCCAAACUUUCUAACUACACUCCCCCCCCACCACACACACACACACACACACACACACACACACACACACACACGAGGGACAGGGACAAAAUUCAGAGAUCCUUACAAGAGGCACCGUUUUUCUUGAAGGCUGUGAGAAGACGUGCUGAGAAAUGAGUUCUCAGACAUGUUGGGGGCCCAAAUAUCUGAAACCUAGUAUCUGUCUUUUUAUUCUUAAGGCCUAUAGCGCUGUUAUAUAAUCUUGAUUUUUCCCUUCUGUCAUCAUUUGGGUAUUUAGUUCAUGAAAGGUCUUGAAAUACAAAUUUCAUCAAUUCUUGUUAAUGACCUAGGAAAUAUGUGAAACUGCUGCUUCUAAGGAGCCCUGAUCAUGUAUGUGUUUCCUCCCCACCCCUUCCCCCCUUCCUUCUUCCCUUAAUUCAGUGUUAGCUGAACCCAUCAGGCAGGAGCUUCUACAUUUGUCCCUUGGCAGGGAUUGGGUGUGAGAGAAUGUUUGGGACCAGAAGGUUCUGAGCUGGUUGGAGCUGGGCAGUUGGAGCUGAGGGACUGAGCGGCAGCUGGAAGGCUGGGUUGGCCUGAAGCCCUGGCAAGCCGAGACCGGGGCUGAGGCACUGGCAAGCCGAGACCGGGGCUGAGGCAAGUGCCGUGGCAGCAGCCAGACCUCUGAAGAAGCAAAACAGGUCCAGAGAGUGGGAACAACGGAGGAGAAAAACAACUUCUGAGAAAACAGCUUCUCAAAUGGAAAAUAAGUGCAGGGAACAGGAGGCUACAGACCAAAAUGGGAAGCCACCAGAAUGGAAAAGGAAGUGAAACCAAGAAAGAAAUGAGACGUUCGACCUCAAGCUAAAGCAGUCUUUGUGCUUUUUUUUUUUUUUUAACUUUUCAAGGUGUCGGUGUGGAUCUAAGGUGAAUCUGUUACCUGAACUGAGUGAAAGCUCUAUUUUUUUUUCUGAGCAACAUGACAGCAUAAAUAAAGAAUUCUGGGAACACAUCAAGAAGACACAAACUCUAAAAGGUGACAAUUCUGGGGAAAUUUGAAGGGCUGGGAUAAUAAAAAGUAAAACAUUUGGCGUCUCAUCAGCUGCUGACUACAAUCCCUUGAGGUACUUUAAAAGAUCUGAAAGCCUGUGCUCUGUCUCUUACUCACAAAACUGCUACAAAUACAUGAUGUGUGGAUUACACACAACAGGAAGUUGCCCAACCAGAUGUGACCUCCUGAGGCUGAGUAUUUGGGCGGCCCUCCACCUUACUGAAUUAGUUAUUGAUCCCUGAGAUCAAGGAGGGUUGAAGACAAAAGGAAGCUCCUCUAACCCUGUGUAGGCCUUUGCAACGGAAAUUCAGAUCAAAUUUGAAAGAUUGAUAAAUAUGUCCAGCGUCGUGGACUUGGAAUCAGUCUACACAAUGACGUGUGUGUAGGCCCAAUGAUGGAAUGUUCAAGGAUUGUCCCCUGCCACAAGGAAUUAGUAGUUUCUCUGUGUGUCACUGUAUGUACUGUAUUGUCAUUAAAGACACAGAGUUUGCUAAUAAUCUGCCAUGGGGAGUGGUAUUCACAUGAAAUUCUUACGGCCUUCUUUAGUUAAUCAGCCAUUCAUAGAGUGUUCCAUGAGGCCUGAGACUCUGGUGCCUGGCAUAUAGGAGGCACUCAAUACUCACACAUAUUGACAAAGUGACUUUCAGUAAUAAAUAACCUACUGUGAGCCAGACUGUAUAGGCAAGAGAGCCCGAGAGAUAUUUUGAAAAUUACCAAGUGCAGAAAUGGCCCAGACAUAUGCCUGUAAGCCUACCAAGCUCCCAUUGUAGAACAUAAUUUUAAGGCAGGUAAUUUAGAAUGUAUUUCUAUAAACUAGU